AUGAGGCAAGAAAAGCGAAAAAAGAGGGAAGAAGAAAAAUCGAAAAGUAAAAGACAAGAUAGUGAACUAAAAAUCCUUCAAAUCGCUCAAAAUACCACUUCUGAGGCAAAAGGACGACAACUUACCGUAGGUUAAGGUAACUCAACCUUUCUUUAGCAUUGAUCCAUGCACAUUUUACCGAUAUACCGCCAUAGAUGAAGCAAACGCUAAAUCCAGUACAUUUAUUAUAAAAAACAGAUUCUAAAUAACAAUGCUAAAGAUUCUAUCUUACUACCAGAUAGUUCUCACUUAAACUGUCCACUUUAUAGCGAUGAUUUACUUCUAAUAUCUACCUCUGCAGAAGGUUUGCAACAAAGUCUUGACACACUCUCAAAAUAUUGUCAGGAUUGGCUUCUUAAGAUUAAUCCAACUAAAACCAAAGUUAUUGUAUUUCAGAAGAAAAGUAGAAAAUCAGCAAUAGAUAAACACAAUUUUAUGGUUAGCAAUGAAAACAUUGAAAUCGUCAAUAACUAUACCUAUCUUGGAGUGAAAUUUUCUGCCAAUGGAAAUUUUACAAAUCACAAGGAAAACUUAACAGAAAAAACAAAGAGAUCCUUUUUUGCCGCUCGUCGUUAUCUAGAUUUUCUAAAAUUACCAAUUCACCUCAUCAACAAACUGUUCAAUACACUAUUUUUCCCAAUUUUAACGUAUUGCUCUGAAGUCUGGGGAAUCUAUGAUAAAAGUGAUUAUAGCCGCUGGGAUAAAGACUCGAUUGAGAAAACGCAUAUACAUUUUUGUAAGAUGUGUUUAGGUUUAAACAAACGUUCACCGAAUGUUGCAUCGAGAAAUGAACUUGGUAGAUUAUCUCUAAAUUUACAAAUAACAAUGAACAUUUUCAAAUUUUGGAUUCACCUUGAAAAUCAACCCCCUGACAGCAUUGCUAAACUCUGCUUAAACAUAUCGGAUAAAAUGGCCGAAGAAAAUAAAUCAGGUCUAAUAAAAAAAAUAAAUCUUUUGAGCACACAACUUAAUAUUCAUAAACAGUCAGUUAACUUUAAAAACCCUUCUACUUUCCAAUCCGAAGAUGAGAAUAAUUUGUCAAAACAUCUGAAAAACCACCAGCUAAAUUUGAUAAGAACAAAUAAAAAACUAAAAUUCUACUCCAUCUUUAAAAAUGAAACAAAUCACUCUGAAUUCAUCAAUCAUAUCUGGAAUCCUGAACAUAGGCGUGUAGCUUCCAAAUUUAGGAUAGGAAAUCAUAAUUUAAAAAUAGAAACUGGAAGAUUUACAAUCCCCAAAGCUCCUGAAGACCUUAGAAUCUGUGAUCAUUGCAACCAAAAUUCGGUUGAAAAUGAACUGCACAUAUUAUUUCACUGUGAUCAAUUCAAUGAUUUGCGAAAGACUCUUUUCAUUAAAAUCAACGACCGAAAUACAUUAUUUACACCUGACAAUAUCCAUGAUAAAGUCUGUUUUCUUUUUAACAAUACUGAUUCACAUAUCAGCAGGCUAGCUGCUAAUUUCAUCUUUCAAGCAUUUGAAAGACGAAAGAAACAUAGUUAAUUCUACCGUUCAAUCAUAUCUGCAUUUCCUUAAACUUAGCUGUUUAUUAUUGUUAUUUGAAUCGGUAACGCCUGUACAAAAUGGUAAUACUGAAUAAACUUGUUGUUGUUGUUGUGUUGGCCCCGUGUGGUCAAAAAAGAUUUAUUUACAAGUCAUGAACGUGACAAAACUUAGUGGGAGUUCAAUAAAAUAAAAUCUCCCGUACCCUUGACCAGUGACCACCACGUGCAUUCUGGAAUAAAUGAAAAAACAAUCAUUGGUGCAUAACCCCAUUUUAGUAAAAUCCAACCAGUGGUCUGUUAUCAAUGCUGCGUUCUGAUUGGUUGAGCUAUUACGAGGCUAUAUGUUAUAGCCCACUAGUAGCGAAAAGCGCGUGCUUUUUGGCAGCAAAAAAGGAUUAAAGUCUAGCUUUAACUAGCUAAUUUUUUUUAUUCUCGAUAUUUUUGACCAACUAGUGGGAUUUUACUAAAACAAUUAUUCCUCUCGCCCUCAUGGCCCCUGAGUCAAUAGGCCAUUCGGCCUUCGGCCUCAUGGGCUAUUGACUCAGGGCCCAUUCGGGCUCGACGAGUAAUUGUUAAAUGUGCCAAUAUUAAACCACAAAAGGCCGGAGAGAAAAACAUUCUAAUGAAAUAAUCACGGAGUUCUAUUCGAUACUAGUAUUCGAUAAGACAAAUAAUCUGUAUUCAAUAUGAACCUUCUUCUUCCGCAUCAGUUAACAUCACGACAAUUCAUGAUAUGAUAUUUCAGCCGAAAAACACGCGAUAAACUCAGUUCCAUUUUUCCAGCCUUGGCAGGGGACCACAAAGUUGCUUCCCAAGGAUUCAUUCUUUCGGACAAGGUCAGUAUGGGCUUAUCUUAAACUCGCCGCUCAGGGAUUUGAACUGUUCCUCAGGUAACUUCGCUUACAGAGCGUCAGAGGGUCUCCGUAAAGCUAUCAAACGACUCUACGAUCUCGAAAACAAAGAAAAAAAUCAAGACCGCUUUAAGGCUGUGCUUUGACCAAAUUACUAUAAUAUAAAGAAACAUCAGAAACACAGCUGAAUGGGAUUUGAAGUAGGAGGAAUACGAAUUUCAAGUUAUGAAGAGCAAACAACUCUAAGGCCCGGUUCAGACGCCGAUCUUUUCAUGAGCCGAACCCAAUACAUUGAAUUAAGUACAUGAAAAGUUCGGCGCUGAAUCAAUCGACCUUGUCACGGUUUUCGACGCCAUCUUCACGAGUAGGCAAACCAGACGUGAGAAAGUACAGUGUUUGUAUGAGAAUCUAAUGUCGAAUAAUUUCCGUGAAUGGCUGUUUUAAAAAAUAUGUGAACUGUAAACUAAUGCUUCACUGUUAAGGAUUCUACUUAAAAAACUUGAGGGCGUUACAUGCCCUAGAAGACUUAGAACCUUUUUUUAAAAUUUUCUAAUACAUUUGUCUGUAAAAAUUUCCGGGGAAAAAUUGCCGACAAAUAUAUGGAAAAUCUAAAGCAAGCUUCUGGAGAAAUUUAAGCGCAGUAACGGCCCCCAAAAUUUGUUGGUAAAAUCCUUUGCUGUGUAGCUUUAGUUUAUAGUUCAUAUUUUUCCAGAACAGCGGUUUUACAGAAAUUACUCGACAUUGGAUUCUCAUACAACACUGUAAUUUCUCAUGAGUUUGCCUACUCGUCAAGAUGGCGUCGAAAACAGUGACAAGGUCUCUUAGGAACGCCUGUUUCAAUUUGUAACGGCUCAGCCGUUCAGUUUCGCCUAGCUCGGCCGAGAAUUUCGCCUAUGGAGCGACUUUGGAAAGGCUUUGUACCGAACCUAUCGCAUUAUAACGUAUUAUAACGCAUUAUAACGUAUUUUGCAAGCAGUUUGACGGAAAUGAGCAUUUUUCGCCUUUUGAACUUAGUUCAGCUGCAAUUAAGAUCGGAGUCUGAAUCAGUUCAGCCGGUCUAAAUCAUCUGGGUCGGCCUGAAUUCGAAUUAUGUUUGGCUCAUGAAAAAUUCGGCGUCUGAACCGGGCCUAGAACAUACUGAGCUAUCGUCUGCUUAAUACAAGGUGUACACUGAAUGUGGGGACCGUUUAAUACAGAACGAUAUCAAAACUUUGCCAAACUCAGUAGCCUUCUAAAACAGCAAGAGGAGAUAAAAAAAAGCCGUAGCUGCCAUUAAGCCAUAAAAUUAAGCCUGGGCUUAACAAGAACUGGGUCAAAAUGAACUCAUGUAAUAUCGUGAAAGUUCAUCUUCAAGUCUCACUUACGUAUUUUGAUCAUAAAAAGGAAACAGUCGUCUAAGUGCAUGAAGAAUUCAAAAAUGUUUCUUUCUCAUCCAGAGCACUCACAGACACCGAGAAACGAUAUGCAAAUAUUGAGCGCGAGAUGCUUUGCUGUUGUUGUUGUUGCUUGUGAGAAAUUUCGCUCGUACUUGUUUGGCAGAGUCGAUCAGAUCACAAACCUCUUGAGAUGAUUCACUUGAAGAAUCUUACAGAUGUCCAGCCGGCCCAAGGCUCCAGAGAAUGUUGCUCAGAAUACAAGGAUAUGACUUCAUUGUCAAGUACAAACCUGGCACAGAAAUGCCUUUUGCUCGCCAAAUUUCAAGACCAAACCCUCUACCAAGUGAAGAGUCAUUGGACCUACGCAAAGUAGUGCAAUUCCGUGAUGAGAAGUUCAAUGCACUGAAGCAAGACACCUCGUCUGAUCCUGAACUUCAGCUCUACUCUGGCUGGCCUAAAAACAUAAUCAAGUUGCAGUGCUGAGUAAGUGCUGGGCCUACCGGGAUGAACUGUCUUUUGAAAACAGUCUGGUCCUCAAUAGCCUCUCAGGCAGGCGUUUUUAGGGGAGCUCGUUUUUCAUCCCUUCCCACAAGGAUGAAAAACGAGCUCCCCUAAAAACGCCUGCGUGGGAGGCUAGGUCUUCGAGGGAGAAAGAGUGAUUAUUCCAGAAUCACAAAGAGAUGACACCAUAGAGAAGAUAAAUCAGGCUCACCAAGGUAUUACGAAAGUGUCAGCUGUGUCCUGUGCAUUCUAACAUUGAGGCUAGAGCGCGGAAAAGCUACAAUCAACAUAACGUCCAUUCCAAUGGGUGUAUUGAGUGACAACUUCAUUCUGUCAAAAACAUUUUAGACAAGGCUGUGAAAUCUCAGUGGACAGGACCUUCACAAGUCAAUGCUGUGUCUUAGAUCUAUUCCAACUGAUUAUCACAGCUUCCAUCCCCUGCUGAAUUACAGUAGCAGGGAAAGCUUCAAACAAAUCUUCCUAGCAGGGUCGGAAAUCACAUACCUGAGAAAAACAAAUUGCCCAACGCCCGACAGAACGCCAGAAGUCCAUAAAGGGUUCAUGUGAGGUAGAGGAUCAUUAGGGAGUCGUGGAUCAUUUGGGGGUCCAUUUUGGGGAUCAUUCGCGGGCGGGGAUCAUUUGCGGUACAGUUGGCUGGGUCAACAUAGUUUGAUUUCUCAGACCUAUUUUAUCUAUACGCUACUUGUGUAUCACCUGAACGUUGCAUUAGACGUGUCUCCGGAUCUCUUAUUUGAGUUUGACUGGAAGUGUUCCUAUUCUUCUUACAGAUUAUUUAGAGGAGGCAGCGUAGCCGAGAGGCUAUAACGCUGGACUUACAGUUCAAAGGUCUCGAGGGGUCCCUCCCUGAUUGCUAGCUCGAUUUGUUCUCGGUAGUCCCGAGUUCAAAGUUAGAAUUCUCGACCACCCCUGUAAAUAUCCAACUCCGGCCAGUUGAGAUUCUUAUCUCAUUAUAUUUGAUUUAUAUUACUGCCCCGCAAGGAUUUCGCCCAGAAGGCGAAAUCCCGAGGAGGCACUCUAGUAACUCGCGCGUAUAUUAAAGUACUUACAGUUGAAAUAUACAGUCAUACAGUCAAUAUACAAAAAAUCUCGAUUUGCUUGAACAGGGGACGCGAGGAAUCGGUAGGUAAUGUAAAAUGGUUAGGAUGAUGUAAAAAAACAAAAAAUCCCGGAGGGACUGCUUACAAUAGGUAGAUUUUGUGACAUUAAUUGUGCAGUCAUACUUCGAUACUCUUCCGCGUUACCUGUUAUCAGUGACAUUCUGUGGAGCAGUUGUUAUGAAAGUUAUGGGCCAAAAGACACUCGUUAAGCGCAGAUGAAGAUAUAAGGUGCAUAUAACAGUGUAUAUUUUAACACCAAGUGAGUUUGCCAGACAUGAGGUCACAAAUCUUUGACUGGAAACCUUGGCAGACACUCUUUCUCUUUCCUGGAGCGGAAUAGGACUCGGCCCCAAACAAGCAAGACGUGUGAAUGAUUCAACGGCUAGCUCAUACAUCACUAGCAGAACGAUGGACGAUUACAGAAAGUCGCCGACCAUCAAAUUCUGUGCUGACUUAUUCCCUGCUCACAGAUGUCCUUCCGCUAUAUAAGUUUAAAACAAGACUAGAAUGCGCGAGCGUGAAUUGAUCAAACGUCCUUUUAAUUUCUAAGGCCUACUUUCCGGCAAAUAAAAUGAAAUAAAUGUAAAAAGUGAAAUAGAAAUAGUGAAAAAUUCAACUUCUAAUUAAACCUUUUCUUAUGGUUUAGAAUAAACUAUUCUCGAAACUGAAAAUUGUUUUGAUCAGCUGUGUAAAUGGAACCGAAACUGUGCAUGGAACCUUGCGUUUAUUUCUUGUAUUUAUCUCACCUACUUUCCGGCAAAUAAAAUGAAAUAAAUGUAAAAAGUGAAAUAGAAAUAGUGAAAAAUUCAACUUCUAAUUAAACCUUUUCUUAUGGUUUAGAAUAAACUAUUCUCGAAACUGAAAAUUGUUUUGAUCAGCUGUGUAAAUGGAACCGAAACUGUGCAUGGAACCUUGCGUUUAUUUCUUGUAUUUAUCUCACCUACUUUCCGGCAAAUAAAAUGAAAUAAAUGUAAAAAGUGAAAUAGAAAUAGUGAAAAAUUCAACUUCUAAUUAAACCUUUUCUUAUGGUUUAGAAUAAACUAUUCUCGAAACUGAAAAUUGUUUUGAUCAGCUGUGUAAAUGGAACCGAAACUGUGCAUGGAACCUUGCGUUUAUUUCUUGUAUUUAUCUCACCUACUUUCCGGCAAAUAAAAUGAAAUAAAUGUAAAAAGUGAAAUAGAAAUAGUGAAAAAUUCAACUUCUAAUUAAACCUUUUCUUAUGGUUUAGAAUAAACUAUUCUCGAAACUGAAAAUCGUUUUGAUCAGCUGUGUAAAUGGAACCGAAACUGUGCAUGGAACCUUGCGUGUAUUUCUUGUAUUUAUCUCACCUAUCGUAUGGAAUAUGUGUGAACAUAUUCAUUAUGAAUCAGUUUAUUUCAAAGACGGCUACACAACGAGCAAGAAUACUACUAUUGACCGACAAUAUACAGAACGGGGGCAGCUGUAGUGUCAACUAUUUCUAGUUAGUUUCCAGGCAUUUGCACUGUCUGCGCUUCUCUCCUCCCCCCCCCCCCCCCCCCCCCCCAACUAGUAUUGGUGCUAUAAAUACUGCCGAGGCUAAAUUGCGGAAAAUUAUUUAUUGAUUUCUUUGUUUACUUUUUUGAUUCCAUUUCAUCAGGUGUUGGAGACUGCUACACGCAUUCCUCCAAAGCGGGCCAUGUUGCUAGUUCCCAUACGAACUCUCAAGAAAGUUACCUUCUUUCUAUUUCUAGUACUUGGAGGGUUUCUGUGGUGGCAUAUUUCCCAUGUUGUUCAGCUGAGUUUUCUACGCUUGUACCAUGUUCUAGAAUAUCAGGGAGAAUUGCAAGAGCUGGCGAUGGUCAUGUCAAAUGCGAGUUCGCCAACAAAUAUAUUUUCAACGACACAAUCAAGUGAACAAUUAAAGCAGCACAAGACAACUCUAAUAACUACGACUAGCUGUGGGUGGCCCUACUUUCUUCUAGUAUUGGUCUCCUCCGCAUCCUAUAAUGCCGAGAGAAGGAGAGAUAUCCGCCUAACUUGGGGGGUCGAUAGCUCUCUAAACCCGAGAUGGAAAACAGUUUUUCUUGUUGCUCAAACGCGAAACCGAACGGAGUCGGAAGCACUGUUGAGAGAAGGCGAAACCUUCGGAGACCUCAUACGCGCGGACUACUAUGAAAGUUACUGGAAUCAGACCCUGAAGAUACAAAUGGCGUUUGAGUGGGCUUCUUUGUACUGUAAUUUUUCGUUUCUUUUAAAAAUGGACGACGAUACAUUUGUUGACGUUAAAAGUUUGAUUUCACUUCUUGCCAAGCCUGCAAUCCUUAAAACAAAGUUAUACAUGGGACAAUGCGAUGAGAGGAACCGCGUUAAGAGAGAAGGAAAAUGGAAAGUUUCGUUCGAAGAAUAUAAUCAAACAUUCUAUCCAGACUUCUGUGCUGGAUACGGAUUUGUCUUGUCUUCUGAUGUGGUUUAUUUGUUCGUGGAGUUAUUUGACGUUGUUCCCUGGUUUAAAAUCGACGAUGUUUACAUUGGUAUGCUUGCAGAAAAAGCUGGAGUGAAACCGAAAUACAUGAACAAAUUUCGUAGGAAGGAACCACCAAUUAACACAGCCUGUGUCAAACUGAAGAAACCCCGUGAUGUCUUAGUAUGGCAUGGAGUAACAGGAAAAUGUUUGUUUGACAUAUUUCAAGCUACACUGGAUUUUUAA